UGUGACAUUUAGGCUAGUGUAGCACUAAAGAACAAUUAGGAAGCUGUUCACUCUCUUUCUGUCUCUUUCUCUCACUCAGUCAAAAGAAAACUCCAUGACUUCCUCAAGGAUCCGGCCAUCCUAUCGCCGGAGUCCAUCUCUUUCCUCCACUUCUUCAUCAUCGCUCGGAUCAAUGUCUUUCUUUCUCGACGAUUCUUCAGUUCCGGCUACUCCACUGCGAUACUUCGGCAUCCCAUUUUCAUGGGAACAAUUCCCCGGAAUUCCAAAGAAAAAUAAUACCAAAAAGGAUUCAUCACAGAGUCUUCUCCCGUUGCCUCCCUCUGGUAACUCUUUUAGAAAAUCCUUCGGAAAAGACACUGGACCGAUGCUCAAGAAAUACAGCACUAGCGAGAGCUUCCACAAAGAUCCCUUUUUUGCAGCUUUUGUGGAGUGCUCAAAGGAUGAAGAACUGGUGAAGGGGUCAAAAAUCCGGUCAACUAGUGGAUUAGCUAAUGUGUACAGUUCCUGCAAGAGAACCUGUGAGGUGGCUGAGUCUAUUGUUUACCUCCCAAGAUCACGUGCAGGAUACUUUCACCGAUGAAUCUCACUCCGUCACUAAAGCCAAAGUAGCGUCGUUAGAAAUCAAGGCAAUAAUAGGGGAAGACCAGUCCGAUUUAUGGAUUGCCCAUGGCCAUUUUUAUUAAGUGUUUGUUAAUGUGAAUCUGUAUAACUUAUGGAAUGCAUAUAUGAUUGUACUUUAUAUAUAAUUAAUUUAUGUGCUUGACUUCUUUUAAGACAAAA